UUGAACUGACAGGUGCCAAUGCCAAAGCGUUAACUUAAGGCAAGAGAAGGAGCCGACGGAAGAGCCUUAGAGUUAGAGUACUAGCGUUCGAAGUGUGUAGUGUGUUGCAGCUUUUGACAACGUUUGACUAGAGAAAAACUGUGUUAUUGUUUUUAAAUGAAGUGUUUUUAAGCAUUGUUCAACUCGCUACUCUCCGCUUUAGCAAAAAGCCAUGAAUACGUUAAAAUUAUUCCACACAGCUGCUAAAGUAUGCAACAGACGGUACUCAACCGCAGUACAUUUAAGACAUUUAAACCACGUACAGGAAAGAGCAUUGGAAGAUAAAUGUAUCUUAGUAGACAACAGUGACAGGAUGGUUGGCAGUGCAACAAAACGUGAUUGUCACCUUGUAGGGAAAGAUGGAAACUUACUACUACAUCGUGCAUUUAGUGUAUUUAUCUUCAAUUCGAAUAAGGAAUUAUUGCUCCAGAAGCGUUCUUCCCAUAAAAUAACAUUCCCAAACUGCCUAACAAAUGCAUGUUGCAGUCAUCCAUUACAUAACAUUCCUGGAGAACGCGAAGAAGAUGGGGCCAUUGGAGUAAGACGUGCAGCUCAGCGGCGAUUAAAUCAAGAGUUAGGAAUUCCCCCAGAACAGGCCACACUGGACGAUUUGCAUUAUUUGACAAGGAUACAUUACAAGGCAGAUACUGGCAUAUGGGGAGAACAUGAGAUAGAUUAUAUCUUAAUCCUACACAAAGAUGUUGAUGUUAAUCCCAAUCCAGAAGAAAUAAGUGAAAUAAGUUAUGUUGCCAGAGAAAAAUUCGAUGAUUUCAUGAAGUCUUCAGUGACACCUUUGACUCCAUGGUUUCAUCUGAUAGCUGACAAGUACUUGCGUCUGUGGUGGGACAAUCUGAAUCAGCUCAAGCAAUUCCAGGAUCAUACAACAAUUCAUAGCUUUUGUUGAGAUAUGUUCUCACUAAUGUUUAAUAAGUUACUCAUGUUCAAUUUUUCAAUGGAUGUAAAACUAUUUUCACACCCUAAGAUUCCAAGAAAUAGAGUAUCAGAGACAUGUUACACAUUCCGUAAUGCGUAUGUAUGUCAAAAAUACCUGUACUGUUAUCCCACCCUCAUAAGCUGAUUCACCCCCCCCCCCCCCC